AUGGCGCCGAUGCCGCCCUCGCAUCCCCUAACUUCUCGGCCAGUACCUCGCAGGAUACAGACUGCUCGAAACACAACCCAUGAAUGGUCGACAAAUGCAGACCUGAAUCGACCGUUGCCCCCGCCUCCUGCAUCGGCCUCAGCAGAAAGCUACGAGAUUCCCUCUCUCCGUCGAAAGCCCCUCCCCGACUCACCUGAAUCGAGUUCGACCAAAAACAACCACACUCGCUCGUUCAGCCACCCGUUCCCCUCGUUGUUUGGCUCGAAGAAACCCGAGAAGAAACAACACACCCAUCCCGAGGGGGAUUUCAGUGGUCGUGGGCGACGUGAAGUACGUCAAGAAGAAAACAUUACGAAGAGCGGCCCCGUGGAGAACCCUUCGAAUCGUUCCGAUCGUCAGUUUCUUACCGGCAAAUGCAUGACUUGCGACUCGACCGUACGAUGGCCGCAGGGACUAAAGGUAUUCCGGUGCACCACCUGCCUCACCAUCAACGAUCUUGAAGACAACACCGAGACCAGAGGAGGCCUCAAGACCCCGGCAGUUGGAGCAUCACCUCCACGCAAUGUCGUGCCCGUCACGCUCGAAAGGACAACGGCUCUGAUAGAUCGCUGUUUGAGGCAGUAUUUGGAAUCCUACCUUCCACAGAGCGACUCACAGUCCCAAGCCAUCAAUGUUCAGAGUACGUCUCCGAAAGAUGAGGCCUUUUUGCUCCAGGGAUCGCCCGGGGAGGGCCUUCUGCACAAUGAGAUCCACGACGAGCACGAAUCCCCACCGCCGUCGCCACGUCCGGCGCUUAAAUCACGAAUCCCUUCAAAUACUCCCUUGACGAUACCCCCUUCGUCUGCACAAAGUGCAAAUUCUUCUUUUGUUCAGGGGAGUUCGACAGAUCCUUUCUCAGCCUCUGCUUCAAUGCAGACUAGACCAUCAGACCGCAGGGAACGAGACGCCCCUGAUACUGGAUCGGGAUCUGUAUUCUCCUCUAAUGUUAGGACUGAUAUAUUUCGUGCAGUUGAGAACUACAUUUCUGGAGCUUUCAUCGGCUGUGCAACGCUCAACCAUUCUUUUCUUCUCCCAAAGCCACCAUCACAAGCUCCGAAGCCAAGGUCUGCUUCGGCAACACAGCAGAGGCGUCAGUUGUCCGAGCCCACACCAACCCCUGCGGGUGCAACCGACGUCUUCUUAUCGGGACUAGAUGCCAAAACCUUACUGCUUGGCGAUGUCGCCGAGAAUGGUUCAUGGUGGUUAGGCGCUACGGGCGGAAAAGCAGCUGUGACUGGUAAAGACGGGCACCAUCAUCGAGACAGGUCGCCAGACAAGGGGCGUGGUUCGGUCAGUGCAAGAAAUCCCAGAAUCAAUUGGGCCGAGCUUGCCGAGUGGUAUAGAAGUGUAAUCUAUGCAGGUGACCUAUGGGAGCAGAGAUGGCAAGAGAUCAAAUCGAAAUCGACAGAUCCGAUUACACAACAACGGAGUCCUCGGGAGAGAAUCAAACAGGAUGUCGUCGAGUCUCGAACCCAUCUUCAACGUUGCUUGCUCAAGAUGUCAGAGAAUCUCCUGAAGCGACCCCGGCAACCUUUGAAGUAUCCCGAAGACUGUCGGUUUCUGCUGAUACUGUUGUCCAACCCGUUACUGACGCCAACGCGACUAGAGGCCGGCAAGAUGUUUGGCACCUCAAUGUCACACCCGCCCUCAACGGCUGGGAGACAGGUGGACGACAGCCAUCCCAGUUCGCCUUCGAAACGUGCUCAGAGUUCUGGUAGACGACCCGGAAGUCUGGGACACCACUCAGGCAUAGUCAAACGGAUCUUGGGUCUCAUGGCCAACCUUCCCAAUGAUAUCCACCACUGUCUCGUGUCAUGGUUUGCUAGGUACUCAUACGGACACUUUCAGCGGACGGUGGAGAUGGUGGGAAGCUUUGUAACUUAUCGACUGGCACGGCAGCAAAAACGUCCGGUCAACGAACCGAUCAAUCCCACAGAAGGUCUUGUGCCCAGCUUUGCGGACGCUGGAAUGCACCAUGCCUCCCAGAUUCACGCCGCUUUGGGAGGUCGACCUUCUUCGACCUCCGCCGGCAAGUCCGACGGCAAGCCCAAGCUGUCGUCGUACGGUGAAGAUUGGCAGAUCCGGGCCGCCGCAAGGGUUAUGGCAAUACUCUUCCAAGCAAACAUCGGUCACACAGGGAGGAAAAGAGACGGUUCUAGUCACCAUGAGCAGCGAUUUCACAGUCCGGGGCACCACGCAAAAUGCCAGGGAGCCUCUCAUGGCCAGAUCAUUCCCAUCAGCAAUUUCUACAACACAAUGUUGGACUACGCAGACCUGGUCGCAGACUUUGAAACCUGGGAGACUACAAAGACAAAGUUUACUUUCUGUCAGUAUCCAUUCUUCCUCAGCAUCUACGCAAAAAUCCAUAUCCUGGAGCAUGACGCGCGACGCCAGAUGGAGGUCAAAGCCAGGGAAGCCUUCUUCGACAGCAUACUCAGUAGGAAAGCCGUGAGCCAGUACCUGGUACUUAAAGUCCGACGCGAUUGUCUUGUGGAAGACAGCCUCCGGAGUGUAUCUGAAGUCGUGGGGUCUGGAGGAAGUGACAUCAAGAAAGGAUUGCGGAUCGAUUUCCAAGGAGAAGAAGGCAUCGACGCUGGUGGGAUUCGCAAAGAAUGGUUUUUGCUUCUGGUCCGAGAAAUCUUCGACCCCAACCAUGGGUUGUUUGUUUACGAUGACGACUCUCAAUACUGCUAUUUCAAUCCAUACUGCUUCGAGUCUUCGGAGCAAUUCUUUCUGGUGGGGGUCUUGUUGGGACUCGCAAUCUACAACUCGACAAUCUUGGAUGUGGCGUUUCCGCCUUUUGUCUUCAAGAAGUUGCUGGCCUCGGCUCCGGCGACCGGCGACAAGCUGACAUCGACACCCAAAGUGAGCCAUGCAUGUAGCCUGGACGACCUGGCCGAGUUCCGCCCUGCACUUGCACGUGGUUUCAGACAGCUACUGGACUUCGAAGGUGAUGUUGAGGAGACGUUCUGUCGAGAUUUCGUGGCAGAAAUGGACCGCUACGGUGAGAUCGUGCAGGUGCCGCUAUGUCCUGGUGGGGAGAAACGGGCAGUGACGAACGCGAACCGACGAGAUUUCGUGGAUCUCUACACCCACUAUCUUCUCGAGACGGCGGUUGCGCGCCAAUAUGAGCCAUUCAAACGGGGCUUCUUCACGGUGUGCGGCGGCAACGCGCUGUCGCUGUUCCGCCCUGAAGAGAUUGAACUUCUCGUCCGCGGCUCGGAUGAACCCCUCGACAUUGCAAGUCUCCGAGCGGUGGCAACCUACGAAGGGUGGCCCAAGACCGAAGGGCCACCAGAACAGCAGCCGCAGGUGGUUUGGUUUUGGGAUUUCUUUGCCAGAGCCUCGGCCGAGGACCAGAGAAAGAUUCUCGGCUUCAUCACGGGUAGCGACCGGAUUCCUGCCAUGGGGGCCACGAAUCUCAUCAUUCGCAUUCAACUACUUCGAAGCAAAGACGAGAUGGAUGGAUUUGGUCGGCCCAUCAAUAAGCCGAUUGAACGAUUUCCUAUCGCCAGGACAUGUUUCAACACCCUCAGCCUGUACCGAUAUAGCAGUCGAGAAAAGCUUGAGCACAAGCUCUGGAUGGCAGUUACGGGUAGCGAGGGUUUUGGAUUGAAAUAA